AUGUCCGGACUCGCAGAAGCUGAUCAGAAAGAGCUGCAGACCUUCCUCGACGCAGAACAGGCCAAGGCUCGCGUUCAAUCGUCGAUCCACACUUUCACUGACCGAUGCUGGGAUCAGUGCAUCAAGUCGUCGAUCGGAUCUAGCUUCGGUCGAGGUGAAGAGGCUUGCCUCAGCAACUGUGUCGAGCGCUUCCUCGAUACUUCGCUGUUCAUCGUCAACAAAUUGCAAGAGCAACGAGGUCAGAUGUCCUAA